AUGAUGAUUGCACUUCCCAUGCAUGUUACUUUUAAAAUAUGUGAAUUUUUGCAAGUAGGCAUUGGAAUAUCAGCCAAUACCUUCCUCCUUCUCUUUCACGUCUUCCCACUCCUGGACCACAGGCCUAAGCCAACCAAGCUGAUCAUCUGUCACGUGGCAGUUAUCCACAUGAUGAAACUCUUCACUGCACUGUUACUGUUGUCUUCAGAUCUGUUUGAAUCACCAAACUUUCAGAAUGAUUUCAAAUGCAACGUUUUAUUCUACGUGAGUAGAGUGACAAGGUGUCUUUCCAUCUCCACCACCUGCCUCCUGAGCAUCCUCCAGACCAUCACCAUCAGCCCCAGCACCUCCUGUUUGGGGAGAUUUAAACAGAAAUGCACUAAGUACAUCUUCCAUUCCUUCAUCAUCUUAUGGUUUCUCAGCUUGUCUCUCAGUAUUCACUGCAUCUUGUACACUGUUGCUUCUUCUAAUGUGACCCAGAUCAAUCUACUGCAUAUCAGUAAAUACUGCUCACUUUCUCACAUAAAUUUCAUCAUCAGGGCACUACUUUUCACUUUGACAUUAUGCAGGGAUGUCUACUUCCUAGGAACCAUGCUGCUCUCAAGUGCAUACACGGUGAUUCUCUUGUCCAGGCAUCAGAGGCAGUGCCAGUACCUUCACAGCACCCGCCUCUCCUCAACAGUCUCUCCUGAGAGAAAGGCCACUCAGACUGUCCUGUUGUUGGUGAGUUUCUUUGUGGUCGUGUACUGGAUAGACUUCAUCAUCUCAUCACCUGUAACCCUGUUAUGGGUAUAUGACCCCAUCACCCAAGAUUUCCAGAAGCUUUUGGGCAAUGUUUAUGCCACAAUCAGUCCUUUCAUACUAAUUAGUUCUGAUAAAAGGAUAAAUACGUUGCAAAAAUGUGGCAAAAUUACAAUAUAUUUUAAUUGA